UAAAACAUCAUGCAUUUGUCCUAAUCAAAACAUACUCUAAAAGAAAAGCAAACGCAAAAUUUUAAAGUCAUGGAGAGCAGAAAAUGCAACCUCUGCCAUAACCAACUUGAGAUGCCUCCGACCGCGCCAUGCAAAUGUCUGGCGUUGUAUUCUGUUGGGUCAUUGCAAAGAAAUCGAAAUUAUAACACUUUAACUGUCCAAAAGGAAAUCCAACCAUCUAAUUCUUUUUCGACGAGGCUUUGGAGGCGCAUGAGCAGCAGUACUGGAAACAGUAGUUAUAAUGCAAGAACUGGCGAAAGUGAAAAGGAAAAGGAAAAAGAAAGCUUUCCGUGGAUUGGAAAUGGCGUGAACCCAUUGAACUCAACAACUUCAGGACCGCAUCAAUCGAGGAAGGCUCUUCUUUGUGGAGUAAGUUAUAAAAAGGAUAAGUAUGAACUCAAAGGUACAGUUAAUGAUGUGAAGAACAUGUGGAAUUUGCUCAUAGAGUUGAAAUUUCCCAAGGAUGCUAUUUGUGUGCUCACAGAGGAGAACGACCCGAGUCUAUUCCCAACAAAGGAGAACAUGAAACGGGCCUUGAAAUGGUUAGUCAAGAACUGCAAAGCUGGGGACUCUCUGAUCUUCUACUUCUCAGGACAUGGCGUUCGACAGCUCGAUUUUGACGAUGACGAAGUUGAUGGGUACAACGAGACUCUCUGCCCCGUUGAUUUCAAAACAUCUGGGAUGAUUUUUGAUAAUGAGAUCAAUGAUGCAAUUGUUAAGCCAAUCAAGACCGAUGUCAAGCUUCAUGCCAUCAUUGAUGCUUGUCAUAGCGGAACUGUUAUUGAUCUAGAGUAUGUUUAUAACAGAGCCAAAAAAUGUUGGAUUGGCAACAAACCUCCUUGUGGUGCUAACAAAAGCACAGAUGGUGGAAUAGCAAUUUCCUUGAGCGCUUGCGCAGACGAUAGACUGGCUGCGGAUACAACUGCGUUCUCAAGAGACAUGAUGACGGGUGCAUUAACAUACGUUUUCACCAACAUAAUGAGACAGAAAAGAGGAAAAGUAACAUAUGCUGAGCUUCUUAAUGAAAUGAACGAAAAGAUUGUAUCGGUCAAUACUUCACGUAGCUGCUUGAGUACUCCUCUCAUCAAAAGACUGCUUCGUAACAAAAUAAUUCAGGAGCCUCAGCUAUCAGCUUCAAAAGUAAUCGAUAUGAAUGGGUACCUAACAUUGUAAAAAGAACUACAUGAAACAUGUUGUGACAAUCCUCUAUCUGUAACUUGUAACUCAUUGUGUUUGACACUUGACAGCAAGAAUCAGGCAUGCUAGCUUCUAGCACAAACCCAAAUGUAAUAUCAACCAUCUCCCCAAAUGAAAGUCUUUUGCUUCUGUAUUUGUUGAAUUUUGAAGAGAAUGAAGAUUUCUUCUUAUA